AUGGGAGAUGGGAGCUACGAGGCGCCCUGCGGCGUCGGUCCGCCUGAAGCACAAACUCCACAGGGGGUAGCGAAUCGUCUCGCGAUUUGCGCGUUAACUUGUGCAAAACUCUGUAGAAUCAUUUUCGUUUGUUUCAGUGUUGACACAGAAGCGUCUACGAAGAGAGAAGAGAACAAGAAGACAGUUGCAAGAAGAACUAGAGAUGGAAAGCAAGAGACGGAUGCUCCUAGAGGAAUCAUUGAGAGAGUCAGGGGCUACAGAACAUAUCACUACAAUCAAUGUGUACCAGUACCGAUUCUACCGCAAAUUUUCAAAAGUUGUAUUUUUCCAGAAAAACUGUCCGACCCCGACCAGAAACCGUCGACCACCACGUCGCCCCCAGCGCCCCUUCAUCCCCCUGGUGCCUCCUCCGACCCCCCGCCGACCCCCCGCGACAGGAUAAAGCAGGAGCGCGACGACGCCCUGGCUGGGUACGGCCAGCCGGCCGGGGAGUCCCGGGAGGGACGGGAGGAAUCUUUGGCCCAAGAACUUGAGAUGGAACGGAAAUCGAGACGGCAGCAAGUCGAGGGAGAAAUCAAGUCGCCUCUGCAAGACCGAUCGGUUUACUACAAGAAUUCCGUGAUGUUCACGAGUAGUGCGACAUAG